AUGUUAACUGCACCAAACAAAGAAGGACGUCCUCUUUUUGCUGCUAAAGAUAUCACACCUUUCUAUCUUGAACAUGGCCCAAAGAUCUUUCCACAUAAUGGGGGGUUGUUUGGAUCAAUAAGAAAGAAAUUUAAAUCUCUCGUGAGACCAAGGUAUAACGGGAAAUAUCUUCACCAAGUUAUAAAGGAGAAACUAGGCGAGACUCGGCUACUUGAAACCUUAACGAACAUUGUUAUUCCAACUUUUGAUAUCAAGAAUUUGCAGUCAAGAGUCUUCUCUACUUUUGAGGCCAAAGAAAAUCCAUUAAUGAAUGCUCGGCUAUCAGAUAUAUGCAUCAGCACAUCUGCAGCUCCAACAUAUCUUCCAGCCCAUUAUUUCAAGAACCAAGACAAAGAUGGCAACUUUCAAGAAUUCAAUCUUGUAGAUGGUGGAGUUGCAGCCAACAAUCCGGCCCUUAUAGCAACGACGGAAGUGACCAAGCAAAUCCUCCAUGGGAAUUCAGAUUUCUUUCCGGUAAAGCCAGAGGAUUAUGGUCGCUUUUUAGUGAUCUCAUUAGGUACAGGAUCAUCAACAAAAAUGAAAUUGAAAUACAAUGCUAAAACAGCAGCCAAAUGGGGUCUUUGCAAAUGGCUCCUCUAUGGUGGUUCAUCUCCAAUCUUGGACCUUCUUACUCAUGCCAGUGAUGAUAUGGUUAAUUUUCAUAUUUCUGCCCUCCUCCAAGCACUUCAUUCCGAAAAUAAUUAUCUUCGCGUUCAGGAUGACACAUUGACAGAGACUGAUUCCUCCGUUGACAUAUCAACAGAGGUUAACAUGAGGAGAUUAGUUGAAAUUGGGAAGAAUUUGCUGAAAAAAACAGUUUCAAAGAUUGAUUUGCAUACGGGUCUGCUUGAACCGUGUGAACAUAGUGGCUCAAAUGAAGAAGCUUUGAAAAGGCUCGCUAAGUUGCUUUCAGAAGAAAGAAGACUUAGGAAAUCCAAGGCAGCUUUAACAAACAACAGAUUAUAG